AUGUUGGUCUCAGCGUACUGGUGCUCUGUUCGCGGCUUCAUAUGGUGCCACGGAGGAUACAGGUUGCCGCUUAUUCUCUGGGAGCGCGUCAUAGACGAGCUGUCGCUUCCGAUGGGUGAAGAGUUCUGGCAUCCUCAAGCCUUGCGGGCGUGCGCUGCCGUCUGCCGCGGAUGGUGCCCACGCGCUCGCUGCAAACUCUGGCACACCACCAUGAUCAGAACGGGAUCCCAAGCGUCCAAACUUCUAGACCUGAUUGACGAUGAUCCGCAAUUAGGCCAGCUCAUUCUAGAACUCCAAAUCUACCCCGCGCGCCCUGGCAAGGAGCUCGGCUGUGUGUCAUUCCACCUCCCCAAGCUCACGAGCGCCCUUCCCAACCUCCGUUUGUUGUGCAUGAAGCGAGUCAAUUGGGUGUGUAACCCGCGCGCACAUAGCGGGCCGCUCGCCCAGUUCAGGUCGCUCGUUGUCCUCCACUUGUGCCUCCAGCAUCUCGUCAUACACGGCAAGAUGUUUAUUGAGAAGCCGCUCUCCGACGAAGAUGCGCUCAGGCUUUCCGUACUGCGGAAUCCGAACGCAUGCGACAAACUCGCUAAGAUCGAGGUUGGAAGCGUUCUCUGCGAACAAGGGAACAAACCAAUGGUCCUCUUUCCGCCACCGCGUGUUUUCGGCGAUUCGGUCGCUUCGCUUUCUCUCCAGCCGCACGGGUCGCGACUCUCCGUCGUUCUAGAGAACGUCGCUCGUUACACGCAUUGGUGUAAACACCUACGCUCCCUCGAGCUGUCCGUCGACUUCUCCACUCUCUCGCACAGCUCCCCUCCGCCUACAUCAUGCAAUCUGUCUCCAUCUCCGUCACUGGUCGAUCUUCCGGCAGCCGUUCGGGACUUCCUCGACGUGCUAGUGGGCGAUGAGGACGAAUUCGGUCUCCUCCGGGAACAUCUUCCGUCUCUACUACGCCUACACUUCCAGCUACAAGAUGGCGGCUCAGACUACCUCAAGUGGUGGACGAAGGGGAUCACGGGUCGUUUGCCAAGCAUCGGGCACCUCGUACACGUCGAGAUCGAGCGCGUAAUGGAGGGUGGAUGGUCUGAAGCACCGCGGUCGAGCCCCGGGCUGUCGCGUCUUGUUAUGAAUGUACGGACCCCCGCACCUCCAUCAAGCUGA